AUGAAGCUCUCUGUUAUUUCUGGUGUUUUUGCGCUUCUCUGCAGCAUCGUGCAUGCCGAAGCAGAGCCUGAGGCCAACCCCGACCCGCAAAGAGUCUCCCUCAGUCUCGCCACUCUCAACCCCUCCCUCGCAACCCUCAUCACCCUCAUUACCGUCAAGCCCACCAGCACCAGCACCACCAUCGCCACCCCAACCUCCACCUGCACCAACAUCACCAGCGUCAUCUACAAGACUGCCACCAUCUACGUGACCCUCCCCGCCAGCACCGUCACCAACACCACCACCGUCAUCAUCCCGGCCACAACUGUCACAAACACAACCACCCUGACCCUCCCGCCCGUCACCAACUACACCACAUACACACUGCCCCCCGUCACGGUCAGCAACACCACUACGCUCACGGUGACAACGAAGGUGCCCUGCCCAAGCACUACGACGAACCCCUGCCCGGACCCAUGUGUGGUCACGAAGACCGUCGAUGAUUGUGUGAUUGAUAGAACCUGCUCGCAGACGAUCGCUACGGAGACGGUGGGAUGCUCGACAACUAGUUGUCCUGUGGCCAGCUGUACGAGCUACCAGGUAGUUACGACUUGUUUGACGUGCCCGCCGUUGGGAACGACCACGGUGAAGUGUAGUAGCACUGCUAUCUAG